AUGAGUGCUGAGGGGUACCAGUACCGAGCCCUGUAUGAUUACAAAAAGGAGCGCGAGGAAGACAUUGACUUGCAUCUGGGUGACAUCUUGACUGUGAAUAAAGGGUCUCUGGUGGCUCUCGGAUUCAGUGACGGACAGGAAGCCAGGCCUGAAGAAAUUGGCUGGCUGAAUGGCUAUAAUGAAAGCACGGGAGAGAGGGGAGACUUUCCAGGGACGUAUGUAGAAUAUAUUGGAAGGAAAAAAAUCUCACCUCCCACACCAAAGCCCCGGCCACCACGACCCCUUCCUGUUGCCCCGGGUUCUUCAAAAACUGAAGCUGACACUGAGCAACAAGCUUUGACGCUUCCGGAUCUUGCGGAACAGUUUGCCCCUCCUGACAUCGCUCCCCUGCUUCUUGUCAAGCUAGUGGAAGCCAUUGAAAAGAAAGGUCUGGAAUGUUCAACUCUAUACAGAACACAGAGCUCCAGCAGCCCUGCAGAAUUACGACAGCUUCUUGAUUGUGAUGCCACCUCCUUGGACUUGGAAAUGAUUGAUGUACAAGUUUUAGCAGAUGCCUUCAAACGCUAUCUUCUGGAUUUACCAAAUCCUGUCAUUCCGCUGGCCGUAUACAGUGAGAUGAUUUCUUUAGCUCAAGAAGUACAAAGCUCCGAAGAGUAUACCCAGCUGUUGAAGAAGCUCAUUAGAUCUCCUAACAUACCUCAUCAGUAUUGGCUUACACUUCAGUAUUUGCUGAAACAUUUCUUCAAGCUCUCUCAAACCUCCAGCAAAAACCUCUUGAAUGCAAGAGUACUCGCUGAAAUUUUCAGUCCUAUGCUCUUCAGAUUCCCAGCAGCCAGCUCUGAUAAUACAGAACACCUCAUAAAAGUUAUAGAAAUUUUAAUCUCAACUGAAUGGCAUGAACGACAGCCUGCACCAGCACUGCCUCCUAAGCCACCCAAACCCACUACUGUAGCCAACAACGGUAUGAAUAACAAUAUGUCCUUACAAGAUGCUGAAUGGUACUGGGGAGAUAUCUCAAGGGAAGAGGUGAAUGAAAAACUUCGAGACACAGCAGAUGGGACGUUUUUGGUACGAGAUGCCUCUACUAAAAUGCACGGUGAUUAUACUCUUACACUAAGGAAAGGAGGAAAUAACAAAUUAAUCAAAAUAUUUCACCGAGAUGGGAAAUAUGGCUUCUCUGACCCAUUAACUUUCAACUCUGUGGUUGAACUAAUAAACCACUACCGGAAUGAGUCUCUAGCUCAGUAUAACCCCAAGCUGGAUGUGAAAUUGCUGUAUCCAGUGUCUAAAUACCAACAGGAUCAAGUUGUCAAAGAAGAUAAUAUUGAAGCAGUAGGGAAAAAAUUACAUGAAUAUAACACUCAAUUUCAAGAAAAAAGUCGAGAAUAUGAUAGAUUAUAUGAAGAUUACACCCGUACUUCCCAGGAAAUCCAAAUGAAAAGAACAGCUAUUGAAGCAUUUAAUGAAACCAUAAAAAUAUUUGAAGAGCAGUGUCAAACCCAGGAGCGGUACAGCAAAGAAUACAUAGAAAAAUUUAAACGGGAAGGCAAUGAGAAAGAAAUACAAAGGAUUAUGCAUAAUUAUGAGAAGCUAAAGUCUCGAAUCAGUGAAAUUGUGGACAGUAGAAGGAGGUUGGAGGAAGACCUAAAGAAGCAGGCAGCUGAGUAUCGGGAGAUUGACAAGCGAAUGAACAGCAUCAAGCCAGACCUCAUCCAGCUGAGAAAGACAAGAGACCAAUACUUGAUGUGGUUGACACAAAAAGGUGUCCGGCAAAAGAAGCUGAAUGAGUGGCUGGGCAAUGAAAACACUGAGGACCAAUAUUCACUGGUGGAAGAUGACGAGGAUUUGCCACACCACGACGAGAAGACCUGGAAUGUGGGAAGCAGCAACCGGAACAAAGCUGAGAACCUCUUGCGAGGGAAGCGGGAUGGCACGUUCCUUGUCCGUGAGAGCAGUAAACAGGGCUGCUACGCCUGCUCCGUGGUGGUGGAUGGUGAAGUAAAGCACUGUGUCAUAAACAAGACGGCGACUGGGUAUGGCUUCGCGGAGCCUUAUAACUUGUACAGCUCCCUGAAAGAACUGGUGCUACAUUACCAACACACGUCCCUCGUGCAGCACAAUGACUCCCUCAAUGUCACACUAGCCUACCCAGUAUAUGCACAGCAAAGGCGAUGAAGCGCUGACACGCUUGCUGAUCCUUCUCCUGAAGUUCAACCACCCUGAGGCCUCUGGAAAGCAAAGGGCUCCUCUCCAGCCUGACCUGUGAAUUGAGCUGCAGAAUCAAAGCCCGCUGUCUUCGGAUAGGACUAGAGCUUUCUUCAACAAAAAAGCAGUAGGGGAAGACACGCAGCCUAGUGCUGAGUGACCAUAUGUUUCUAAUCCGGAGUGGUUAUCUUUCCUCUUUUUAAAAAAAUUUUUUUUAAAUUUUUUUUUUUAAAUUUAAAGCCACGACACAAAGAGAAAAAGAAAUACAAAAAUCUCUGCGUGCAGGGACAAAGAGGCCUUUAACCAUGGUGCUUGUCAUUGCUUUCUGAAGCUUUACCAGCUGCAAGUUGGGACUUUG